AUGGGUGGAUGCGGAUCUCGAACAACUUCUGUAAAAAUCAUAUUUUCUUUUGACAAGCGAUAUUUUUCUAGCUGGACAAGAAAACAAUGAAUUCCAAAAGAAACCUCAUUUCGCCAAAUUCAUAGCGAAAUUAAGAAAGCACUACUUUCUUCAUAUUCACAGCAGAAAUAUAAAAUUUUGCUCAAAUUUCGAAGCAAAUUUUACAGCUCUCAUGACCCUACAACUUUUUUGGAUCUAAAUGCCAAAAAUGGUGAAAAAGUCUCGAUUUCUGUGGUUCCGAAAGAAGAAACUAACAUGCCAUUAAUAAUAUCGUUUAUUGCAAAUUUUUGAACACUGUCGUGGCUUGAUCAAAAGUGGGAACAUAGAUUGAAGGUACCAAUUUGAAAAGAGACCUUUGUAAUUAAAAAUUAAAAUUAUCUAUCUUUUCACAGUUCCACUUCUUCUUAUUUUUGGAGAUGAGCUGUUGCAGCUGUAGUCACAUGAGCAUUGGCAUCAUCAUUAUUUGUGCUAAUUGGGCUUGAGAUGAAUCUUUUUCAUUUCUGCUUUCAUCAUUAUGAUCUCGCUGAAAUAAAGGGUUAUCAGGUUCAUAGUAGUACGUAAAUUGUCUUUAAACACUCUUUUCCUAAGCACCUAAAGUAAUAGAUACUGAGUAAAUAAUAUUUUUGGAUUAUUCGCAAGUGCUAUUCUCACAAAUUGGGUCUUUUUGCCUUUGCAUCUUGCUGGAGGAAGCUGGACUUGGGAUCUUAUUGGUAGAGGUAUUGUGGACAUGUAUGCUUAUGCAAGAAAGCUAAUGGAUGUGAUUGAAUAAUCAGGCAAAUAAUACCUGAUAUGCUGCAAAAGCGCAUAUAUAGGUUUGCUUUAUCAUGAUUUCCGACGGCCUGAGGCAAAGGAAUCUAUAUGAUAUUACUUCUUGGUAGUUCAUAUUUUAAUUAAUGGAAAAAUAUUUCAUAUGAUAAAAUUUUUGGUACGGCAAAAUGGCUGAAAUGUAAAUUCUGAUAAUUCUGAUGUAAUUACAAAAAUGGCAAAUGCAGAUUAUCCAAUAUACUAGGUAAUAAAAUAAACUUUGUUGUGAUAGAAGUUAGAUUUUGCGAUUUAAUUUAAUAUUUAAUAAAGAAGUUAAUAAUAAAGUGGCAUAGCAUAUACACAAUGCAUAUGCACUAUUAAAAUUUCCAUUAGUUAAAUCAAAAUUCAUUCCAUUUGCUUUUAUUUCGCUUAUAUUUCGUUACAAAACUCCUCACCGGAACUUGCUCCUUGAGGGUUGACAUUUUUUUUAAAACGCCAUUUUUUUUUUAAUUUUAGAUAGUGAAGUUGAAAUUCAAAGUAGCAUAGCAUAGCAUCUGCACGAUGCAGAUGCGCUAUUAAAAAUUUCCAUUAGUUGAAUCAAAAUUCAUUAGAUUUGCUUUAAUUUCCCCUAUAUUUCAAUGCCAAACUCUUCACCGGAACUCGCUCCAUGAGGGGUGACAUUUUUAUAAUAAGCCAUUUGUUUUAAUGUUUUUAUAUGAAGUUAAGAAUAAAGUGAUAUAGCAUGUACACGAUGCAGAUGCACUAUUAAAAUUUCCAUUAGUUGAAUCAAAAUUUAUUAGAUUUACUUGAAUUUCCCCUAUAUUUUAAUGCAAAACUGCUCACGGAACUCGCUCCAUGAGGGUAACAUUUUUAUAAUAAGCCAUUAUUUUUUAAUUUUUAAAUAAAUCAGCACUCAUUAUUGGAAUCAUCAAUAUAAUCAUUUAUUUUAUAUAUUUAUAAAAAUAUUAAUUAGAUUUUCUAGCGCAUCUGAUUUCUAGUUAAUAUUUAUAUAUUUACAUAUUUAAAAAAAUGGCUUAAAUAUGUUAAUCGCUAAUAGGAAAGAUAAAGGAAAAGACUCUAUAAAUGUAAGGCUUCAUUGUUGUAUAGAAGAGUGUAUAUGUGUAUUUAUCAAAAGAAGAUCGACUUUUUGUCAGCUUCAAGAAGAAAUUCUGAAGUCCAAGACAUGUUGCACUCAAACAGACUUGAAAAUUGUGUAUAAAGAUUUAGAGCUUUCACCUGAGGAUUUAGUUCCUGAUAUAGGAAAUGAAGCCCUCGAUGUAUUUUCUAAUUCUAAGCCCUAUGAAAGUAUACUCAGCCCAUGAAAAAUCAAAAAAUCAGGCCUGGUCAAAGAAGGGCUUUGUAUGAACGUGGACUGCUUGGCCUACAAGCAAAUUGUUUCAGUUAAUAAAGGAAUAGGCCAUUUUAAUUUAAUUGCUGAAAUGAGCCUCCUUAAUAGCGAAAAGUGUGUAAUUUGUAACGAAAAACUUCAUAACACUCACAGAAUAGGAUUUGUGAACUGCGUAUAUUCAUAUUCUGCAGUUAAAAAUGACGAAACUUCCCAAAUCGAAAACUAUAGAACAGUUGUGGACUAUGAAGAGUUUGAGCUUAUCAAACAAGACGAAUGAAUUCAGUUUGAAAUCACAGUUUCUGCUAGGUCUGACAAUUUCUUCUUAUAA